AUGGGAAUCAACGGCAAUGAGUUGGUGCCGGAAACGGAUCGGGGUAUAUCUCCGGCGGCAGCGGAGCGCGAACCACGGAACAAGAAGAUCGUGAAAAUGCUGUACAAGGCGUUGGCACGCGGUGACACGGAGACCAUUGCUAGGCUAGUGGCUGCUGACCUAGAAUGGUGGUACCAUGGACCUCCACAAUGCCAACACAUGAUGAAGAUACUCACCGGUGAGUCAAGGCACACAGAGUUUAAGUUCAAGCCUAGGAGCAUCAUGGCCGUUGGUGACCGGGUGAUCAUGGAGGGGUGGGACCGGGGAUUGAAGGCCUACUGGGUGCACGUUUGGACGGUUGAUGAGGAAGACAUGAUUCUUGUUCAAUUCCGCGAGUAUUUCAACACGUGGCUCACCGUGUUACUUAGGGUUUCCGACACCGGAGAUGAGAUUCCGGUGUGGCAAAGUGACCAUCGGGAGCGGUUGAAGCGCUCGUUGCCUGAUCUUGUGCUGGCCUUCUGAUCAUCAUCAGGCCAG